UCUCCCUGCUGCACCUAGGGUUUCCAACUUUCCUCAUGCAUAAAACCCCCUGCUCUCUUCUCUCACGGUCUCCCACUCUCAAGCAGUAGCAGCUAGCUACAUCCAUCUCACACAUUCUUAUGGACUAAGCAAAGGAACACACUCUGUCCUCUCUUCUUUGCUCUCCCAUAUGUUUCACAUCCGAUAUAUAUAAUGCAAGCUCUCCACUAAGACAAAAAAAAUAAAAUAAAAGGAGAACAAGACCCAUUCUUCUUUUAUUCCACUCGCUUUCAUUCUCUCUCCACCUCUCUUUCUUCCCUAUCCUCCUCUCUUCUCCACACAACCCUCUCUCUUCUUCUCAGCUUCGUCAUUCCAGUCCAGCAUAUAUAUAGAGAGAGAGAGCUUGCUAGCUGCUAGUGGAUGUUAUUCUCUCCGCCUUUAUUGAUCCACCUCCCCAUCCUUGCAUGAUCCCCUAAAGCUUCUAUAUACCCUUAUCUCACAAAGAAGCAAGGAGGAACAAACAAACCAGAAAAGAAGCUCCCAAGUAGGAAAAGAUCAAAAGAAAUCAAUUCUAUACCAUGGUCUUUUCUUCAGUUCCUGUCUAUCUUGAUCCACCCAAUUGGAGCCAGCAGCAGCAACAGCAAGGUCACCACGGUCAGUUUCCAAGUGGCGGAGGCGGUGGUAGCGGCGGCAGCGUGGAGCCGCAUCACCACCAGCAACACCACCACCAGCAACACCAGCUGCCGCCGAUGCCCCCUCCUGGGGCUCUCAUGGCUCCUCGGCCUGACAUGGCAAUUGUAGUUACAGCAAGCAGCGGUGGCGGCGGUGCAGGCGGCGGUGGCCCGACUGGCGGCACGGCGAUGCGGCCGGGCUCCAUGACGGAGCGGGCCAGGCUCGCCAAGAUCCCGCAGCCGGAGCCGGGGCUCAAGUGCCCGCGCUGCGAUUCCACCAACACCAAGUUUUGCUACUUCAACAACUACUCGCUCUCGCAGCCGCGCCACUUCUGCAAGACGUGCCGCCGGUAUUGGACGCGCGGUGGCGCGCUCCGGAGCGUCCCCGUCGGCGGAGGCUGUCGCCGCAACAAGCGCACCAAGUCAUCCAAGUCCAACUCGUCAUCGGCCGCCUCUGCUUCCGCCACGGGCGGGACGCCGUCGUCCACCUCGUCCACUGCCACCGGUGGCAGCGGCGGCAUGGUGACGGGCGCCAUCAUGCCGCCGCAGGCGCAGCUGCCUUUCCUGGCCUCGUUGCACCCACUUGGUGGAGAUCACUACAGCACUGGUGCAUCAAGGUUAGGGUUCCCCGGGCUGAGCUCACUUGAUCCCGUGGACUACCAGCUCGGCGGCGGCGGAGGCGCCGGCACCGCCAUCGGGCUAGAGCAGUGGCGCCUGCCGCACAUACAGCAAUUCCCAUUUUUAAGCCGCCCCGACGCCGUGCCACCGCUAAUGUCUGGCAUUUACCCGUUCGACGUGGAUGGCGGCGGCGAUGCUGCCGGCUUCGCCGGACAGAUGCUGGGAGGCUCCAAGGUGCCCGGCUCAGCCGGGCUGAUCACGCAGCUUGCAUCAGUGAAGAUGGAGGACAACCCUCCGUCCACGGCGAUGAGCUCACCGAGGGAGUUCCUUGGUCUCUCCGGGAACGGCCUCCAAUUCUGGGCUGGCGGCAACGGUGCAGGUGGUAACAAUGGAGGCAGUACCAACGGCGGCGGGGGUGGAGGCGGCGGCGCUAUUGCUCCGGGAAGCAGCUGGGUAGACCUGUCAGGAUUCAACUCGUCGUCCUCAGGGAACAUACUGUGAUCGAUGCGCCCUGCAUGAUGGUUGCUGCUCUAAAAGGUAGCCCUAUUUAUGUAAGCCCUGAAGCUUAAUUUUAAUCAUCGCUUCUGAGAAAGAUCAAAACAAAGGAGUUGUGGUGCAAGAUUAUUAUAGGGCUGUGAUAGUUAUUGGUCUCUAGAAUUGGUAGGCGAAAUUAGCUUUUGACAUUGAGUUUUUCAUGUGCGGUUCCACUUCUAUCUUGUUGUCACUGCUGCUGUUCUUGUACUGUUUUAGCGGGUGCAUUUCUAUAUUGUUGUCCAUUUCAGGUCUAUAUAUGUUGUGUAAACGUGUAAUGCAUGCAUGUUACUAGGUCUGCUAGCUUGGUGCAAUGUGUUGAUCAUGGUGAAAGGUGAUCAAACAGAUUUGAUCAAUUGAUCUACAAGUUUCUACUUGGUGAA